GAGCGUUCGCACCCGGAAGCAGCGUGGCCUCGCGGACCGCGGUGCGGGCUCUGCGGGUGAGGAGGGGGUUGCCGAGUCUUCCAAGAGCCGCGGAGGGGCAGAAGCUGCCUCAGGAGUCGGACAUGCCCAGCGCCGCCGGCAAGGGCCAGGAGCGCGGCCGGGACAGCAUGGAGCCGCCGCCGGCUGAUGAUCAUGCUAAGGAAAGGUAUGGCGUGUCCUCAAUGAUACAGUCCCAGGAGAAACCAGAACGAGUUUUGGUUAAAAUAAAGGACUUGACAACAGAGAAAGCUGAUGAAGUGAUUUGGGUUCGUGGCAGGAUUCACACAAGCAGAGCUAAAGGGAAGCAGUGUUUCUUAGUCCUACGUCAGCAGCAGUUUAAUGUCCAGGCUCUUGUGGCUGUGGGAGACCAUGCAAGCAAGCAGAUGGUAAAGUUUGCUGCCAACAUUAACAAGGAGAGCAUUGUGGAUGUAGAAGGUAUUGUGAGGAAAGUGCAUCAGAAAAUUGGAGGCUGUACUCAACAAGAUGUUGAGCUGCACAUUCAAAGGAUCUAUGUGAUCAGUUUGGCUGAACCCCGAUUGCCCUUGCAGCUGGAUGAUGCUGUUCGGCCAGAGGUGGAAGGAGAGGAGGAUGGAAGAGCUACUGUAAACCAGGAUACAAGGUUGGACAACAGAGUCAUUGAUUUGAGGACUUCCACUAGUCAGGCUGUCUUCCGCCUUCAGUCUGGUAUCUGUCAGCUCUUUCGAGAAACUCUCAUUCACAAGGGAUUUGUGGAAAUUCAGACUCCCAAAAUCAUCUCAGCUGCCAGCGAAGGAGGAGCCAAUGUAUUCACUGUAUCUUACUUCAAAAGUAGUGCCUACCUGGCUCAGUCCCCACAGUUGUACAAGCAGAUGUGUAUAUGUGCUGACUUUGAAAAGGUUUUCUGCAUUGGACCGGUAUUCAGAGCCGAAGAUUCCAAUACACACAGACACCUGACUGAGUUUGUUGGUCUGGAUAUAGAAAUGUCUUUUAACUACCACUAUCAUGAAGUGGUAGAUGAGAUUGCAGACACUUUGGUGCAGAUAUUCAAGGGACUUCAAGAAAGAUUUCAGACUGAAAUUCAGACAGUGAAUAAACAGUUUCCAUGUGAGCCAUUCAAGUUUUUGGAACCAACUUUGAGACUGGAGUACCGUGAAGCUGUGGCUAUGCUCAAGGAAGCUGGUGUGGAGAUGGGGGAUGAAGAAGAUUUAAGCACACCUAAUGAAAAGCUUCUGGGGCGUCUGGUAAAGGAGAAGUAUGAUACAGACUUCUACAUACUUGACAAAUAUCCUCUGGCUGUGAGGCCUUUUUAUACAAUGCCAGACCCAGUAAAUCCUUGCUAAUGAGACUUGAGUUGGGCACGGUGAUAUCAAGGGUAAACCAACACCAGUUCGCGCUGCAUUUGGUUAAAAGUUGCGUAUACUUUUGAAAGAUAAUAGAGGCAUUAUGGGGCAGCUGGGUGCCCACAGCAGGGGCAGUUUUCAACUGCUGGUGCUUCUGGUGUGGUUGAGUGACUACAAUUGCAGCUGUUAUUAUUCUGUACUCCUGACCAUAUACCCUGCCCCGAGGUGGGUGCAAAAGUCUGUUGCCCUAGUCACCCCACCUUGAUUACACUACUGCAAGUUACAUGUUAAAAAAAACAAUGGGAGUCAAGUCUUGUCUUGUCAGAUUGCUUCUGCUUCGGUCAUAAGCAUUGCAUAGUGAGCAAAAUUAUUCUCACAGUUUUGCUUUAGCAGAAGUGCACUUCCCUUAGGUUUUUACAAAAUCCGUGCAUUAUUCCUUAGCUUACAAAAGUAGUCAUUCUGGAGAGGGAGUUGGCUAAAUUCAGGUUCAUAAAUUAAGUCAAGUCUGAAUCUGAUGAAAAGAGACAUCUGAUUAUACUGGUGCUGCCAUAGCCCCAAAAUAUUUCAUGCUGGGCACAUCUACACAUGCAGUUAAUGUGCCUGAAUAAACAGUCCCGCAUUUAUUGUCCCUGGGUGCACCGUUUCAACACCGAGAUGUUUACUGCACAACUAACUCUUGCAGGUGCCAAGACUUUUAGUGCACAGCUAAAUGGUCAGCUGCGUGGUAAAGGUUUUGUGUAGACAUGCCUGCUGUCACCUAGUUUCAUGUGUUAUCUUAGCCAGCGAUCUCAAAAAGUAGAUAUCUGCUGGCUGAGGAAAUGCAUCAAUUCCUCCAGAUCCCAGCCACUAAUCAGAUGCA